AAUUUAUCCGGGAUUGGUUAUACAAUACGUAAUACACUUUUAACAGCAUAAUAAGGACGUUUUUCCAGGCUGGAAAACACCUGAUCACGCGUUCUAAUAUUUUCCGCGUGCGGCGCUAUGCAAUCCGAGCGAGCGGCAUUCAACAGGCUGAUAUUUAUAGAUUCGAGAGUUUCGUGCAAAGCUACACAACGUUUUAAGCGUGAAAAAUCCAGUUCCUACGUUCGUCAAUAUUCACGCGAUGAUCCAUAGAUUUUGAUUCAAUUUUGUGAUUCAAUUUAAAAUGGAAUUGGAUUAAUUGUCAAUCCUGGAAAUAUAUUCGAAGAUAUUUUCUCAAGUGCGGCAUUUGAACAUUGUGAACGGUUGAUCAAAGCAUAGGUGACGUUUGAACAUCGCUAGCGCUACUUUUGGUCGCGACACGUUUCCGAUGAAAUAAUGUAUCAUAUCCGUACGUUCGAUCAAUGUGCUGGAUGAAGAGGGAAUCGAAAAGAAGAGGCAUCUUCCACUUCUUGCUCGAGUAUUAGUCAUAAAAUUUGAUGAUAAAUUUCACUUGAUCGAAAACGCAUGGCCUCGUCGGAGAAGAUGAGAAGAGGUUGCAGAAGAGAAUCAGUGUCUUAUAUUCUUCAUCCUUGAAAAAUUUCUGCGAAAAACUCGAAAUUAUUCUCGUCCUCUUCUGAAAAUUAUCCAUAUUGUGUAGAUUAGAUCUGACGAUCUUCUAUUUAUUACAAAUUAUACCGUUAAUAUUAUUAAAAAUGUGAAAAACACAUAAAUACUGUUCGAUGUUUCUUUUCCAAAGCAGAGACAAUAAAUUUUGAUCCAUCGAUGCUUCGUGCGCAGCGUACCGAGAUGAAGAUGUUGCUGGCCGAUGAGCGAAAAUUCUUCUGGCAUUACGCGGCGAUAUGUUUUGGAAUUCAAGCCUCACAAGGCGGGAAAUUAAAAAGAUAGCAUCGUCGGUCGGGCACACGGAAUUCAUUAGUGUUUGUGUUUAUCAUCUGGAAAAACUUGAUCGAAUCGCCAUUAAGUGAGAGAAGGUAAAGAAAGUGAAUAGGAAAAUGAUGUUUACCGCUGGUGCCCAUGCGAAAAAGCGUAACGCUGGUAGUGGUUCUGCCCGGAAGUCUGCGGAUCGUAAAAGUCCACAAAUUCAUGUGAGCGCGGAAGGGUACACUUACAGGACUAGAAUUCCAAUACUAAACCCAACGGAUCUUCCACCAGCAAGCUCUAUAGGGAAAACGUACGUAUACAAAACCAGGGUUCCCCGAAGGGACAUUGUAGUUGCAUCUUCUCCACGCGAUGUGAAUAACGUCGGUGGGGGAGCAAUUACAAAAAGAAGAGGCGCAGUGAAACACAACAAGGUGCAUGUGGUUCGAGGUCACAAAUUAGUUGCAAAAUUCUUCAGACAACCAACAUUCUGCGCUUUUUGCAAGGAUUUUCUUUGGGGCUUUGGAAAGCAAGGAUACCAGUGCCAAGCCUGCCAAACAGCGGUGCAUAAGAAGUGCCAUGAUAAAUUGUUAACCAAGUGCCCGGAAAGUGGAAGGCAAUCCGAGAACACGAUAUACUUGAGGGAGCGUUUCAAGGUAGAUGUGCCUCACAGAUUUCGGCUUCACACAUUUAUGUCGCCGACGUUUUGCGAUCAUUGUGGUUCCAUGUUGUACGGCUUUUUUCGACAAGGUGUCAGAUGUGACGGUAUGGGAGAAGAAGGAGCAGGGGGAGGAGAUGGAGGAGGAGGAGGAGGAGAGAGAGAGGAGAAGGAAGAGGAGGAGGAUCUGCAACAGGUGAAAAACAAGAUUACGAGAAGAUUCACAAGGAGACGGUCCUCCGCCGAUAUUCAAUUGGAUCCCGAACAGAUGGAGAGGAAAGUGGCUUACGCCCAGGUUCAGGCCAAGGUGUUGGACACGUUGGUCGCCGAGGAGCAAGCGGAGAUCGAGAACGAGGUUCGUAGGGGGACGUUGAUCAAGAAAGGGCGCAAAUCUGUCGUUCCUUCGAGCUUCUUCAGGAGCGUGGACGGGGAUUCAGUGUCGCAGAGCGAGGAGGAAGCCGCCGCCCAAAAGAUGAGGAAGACGUUGAAGAAGAUGAAGAAGAGGAAGAAAAUCAUCGAGAAACCCUCGCCACCUGAAACGAACGACGGUUUAACAAGGGAUUGCGAGUCUGACAUCUCGAAUAAUAACGCAACUAACCUUGCUCGGACGAGUGGAAACGAGGAUUCGGGAUCCCUCGUGUCGAGGAUCGACAACAGCGUCUGGCAGGCGAAAGCACCUGUGGAAGUUCAGUUCAGGGAAAGCGUGAGGAUACCGAUCCCUAAAAAGAUGGAAAACCUAGUAGCAGACGAAAAUGUCCAAGAAGAGGAGAAAGAAUACGAAACGGAAGUUGUCGUGUUACCUGUGAGGAAGCCAUACGCGAAGGAUAGCUCGAGAAACAGCGUCCACUUCACGGUGAAGACAGGAUCCCCGAGGAACGGCCAGCCCUUCGAGAAAUUGGAAAGCAUCGGGAAAGAGGAUAAGAUCGAUCGGGUGAGGCCGAGGUCGCCUCCCGAUAAACUCGUUGGGAGGCAGAGAAGGGAAGCGGUUGGAAUUGGGAGGAAGGAAUUCGAAGCGACGAAGGAUGCGUCGAGAAAGGAAUCCUGCUGGAGGAAAGCGAUGGGCGGCGAGAACGACGUGACGCCAAGUGUUGACCCGUUGGUCGAGAGCAGCAGCGCCAGCAGUGAAGCGCUUCCAUCGGACAGGCUGCCAAAAGCGUCUAAAAUUAAUACGGAUGAAAAUAAUGCCGUAGAAGCGCCAAAGCGUGUGUUACGAGAACCGCGGUACCUGGCAAACCCGACGAAAGCCGAGCGUGACGAGGACGUGGUGUCUCAGUUGUCGGGGAGGAAGGUGGACAAAGCCGUGACCUUGAACGCCACCCGCGCACCCACUCCGUCGGCAGAUCGAUCACCUUCGGUGGAGACCCUGAAAAAAGAUAAUCUCUCGUCGAAGGAUCGUUGUUCCGCCGAUGACGCAACGACCGAGCAACGACUCGUGACCGAAAAGAUCGUUCUAGAAGGUGGCGCGCGAAAGAAGGAGGCGAAGAUCGAGGAAGGGAUAUCGGAGGAGGAUGGGAAGGUGAGGAGGAUGGUUAAACGGGAGGAAAUUCCGAGAUCGCUGUUCAAAGUGGGGAGCGAAGCGGGUAAUUUGGCGACGCCAAACACGGAGGAAGGAGGAAGUCGAGCGAAUAAAGAGUCCAAGAUCCCGUGGAGGAAGAAAGUUUCCAAGGUCGAUAACAGCGAUGUCGCAUUGGAGCGGGGAAGUGUGAUAAGCGUCGAUUCUAAGGCGAUGGAUGAUCAAAAGUGUUCGAAUUUUGAGAAGAUUGUUAACGGAGAAGUGGGAAGCUUGUCGAAAAGCACGUCCUCGGAAUCUAUAGAUUUCUGGAGCGAGAUCAAGGGUCCGGACAGUCCGAAAGCGGCGAAGAAAUUGCCCGCCAAGGGAUUCGGUUUCAUCGAUUAUUCCAAGAGCUCGGAGCCGGGUCAAGCGGUUGAGGACCUCGGCCAACUGGACAAGAAAAAAGAGACCGAUCCUAAAAUAAGCGUCGCCACUCCGCCGACCGAGCUCAGUAAUAUCCACGUAAUCGAGGAGGAACGGAAGAGCGAGGAGAAUUCCAAGUUGAAAUCCAAGACUGACGAACGGACAACAUCCGCUGCUGAAACGCCUUCAACUGGGCUGGAUAAAGAUGAUUCGAUUCCUAGGAGGGGGUUGAAGAAAAAGAAGAACCUGUGCAUAAAUAUUAAUCAAACGGAAGCUUACUCCACGGUGAAGAAAGCUCCUCCGAAGAGGGAAGAUUCUACGGGAUCGACCAUCUCUUGCAAAUCGGUGACCAGCACUCCGGAUACAUCCGUCCCUGCUUCACAAGUUUCCACCCCGAUCGCAGAAAUUUCCCUGCCCGUGAUAAAUAUCGAACCGGUGUCCACGCCGGUCGAGCCUCAAAUCUUUUUGGACGAAGAAGAUGAGCCCAAAACGCCUACCAACGAGUGGACAGACGUUGGACAAUCGAAGAUGUCCAAGUGGAAUAAUCAGAAUGACCUCUCCAAUCUUAACGGUGUUGAGAAAAACGCCACUCCGGAACCUUGCAGGGAUACAGGCGUGAAUAGCAGCCCGGAGGGAAGUCAAGAAUCGUCUAAGAAGAAGAAGGUGGUGAGAAAGAAGAAGUCUUCCACGAUCAAGAAAAGUUCUACCAAAAAAGAAAGUAACUACCAGAAGGAAAGUAGCAAAAAGAAUACUUCUGGCAAGAAGAAGAAUUCGUCCAAGGGUCAAGAGAUAUCGAAGCCUGUUGAGCCUUCCAGUAAAAUCAGCCCUAAAAACGUGCCGUCUCAACGUCCCUUAGAUCUCAUCAGGAUGUUUUAUACAACUCCGUCGGCAUUGUUAACCGCCACACCCAGAGAUUUGUCCAAAGUUCGUCGAGCCAAGAUCAAGAGGAGAAAGCAUCAUUCCAGGACACCGUCUGUAAGCAGCGAUAGUACCGGAAGCACCACUAGCACAGCGACCACGGAAAGCAGCGGAUCCACUUGUACGGAGCUCGAUGAUGAUCCGGAACACAAGAGAAUGAAUUCUACAAGGAGUAACGAUUCUGGCUUCGAUGGUUCACCAAGGAUAUCCAAUUGCGACAUGGCCUGUCACAAGAAAUGCGAGAAACUGACUGGAAAUCUUUGCGGAUUGAAUCAAAAGCUUGUGGCGGAAGCCUUGCAGUCCCUCAAGAGAGCACCUUCACAGUCGUCGGACAACCAGAGGAAUUCAGACUCUUCGGAUCAUUUCCCCAGUGGAAGGAUCACCCCACCGGCCACAAACCUGCCUAGGUUCAAAAAAUACAACGUGACAGACUUUAACUUUUUAAAAGUGCUAGGAAAAGGUAGUUUCGGCAAGGUGUUGUUGGCCGAGCUCCGUGGUACCGAGUGUGUGUACGCUGUGAAAUGCUUGAAGAAAGACGUGGUCCUCGAAGACGACGACGUGGAAUGCACGUUGAUCGAGAGGAAAGUGCUGACGCUCGCCACGAGGCAUCCGUACCUCUGCCACCUGUUCUGCACCUUCCAGACAGAUUCCCACUUGUUCUUCGUGAUGGAGUACCUGAACGGGGGCGACCUGAUGUUCCACAUACAGAAAUCGGGUCGUUUCCCCGAGCCGAGGGCCCGAUUUUACGCGGCCGAGAUCUGGUCCGGUUUGAACUUCUUGCACAAGAAGGGAAUAGUGUACAGAGACUUGAAAUUGGACAACGUGCUGCUAGAUUACGAAGGGCAUAUCAGAAUAGCCGAUUUUGGCAUGUGCAAGCUGCAAAUUUUCCUCGACAGAACCGCCGAUACGUUCUGCGGCACGCCUGAUUACAUGGCACCCGAGAUCAUAAAGGGACUGAAAUACAAUCAAGCGGUCGAUUGGUGGUCGUACGGCGUGCUUUUGUACGAGAUGCUCACGGGACAGUCGCCAUUCUCCGGUUGCGACGAGGACGAGCUAUUUUGGAGUAUAUGUAACGAAAGACCGUUCAUACCCCGUUACCUGAGCCAAGACUCAACUGACAUAUUGAUCGCCCUUCUGGAAAAGGAUUCUGGGAAAAGGCUGCCUGGCCACGAGAUCGCAUUGCACUCCUUCUUCCAAACGUUACCGUGGGACAGAUUGGAAAGGAGGCAACUGGAACCACCUUUCAAGCCAGCUUUGGACCAUACUUUAGAUACCAAGUAUUUCGACACAGCGUUCACAGCUGAGAGGCCGCGGCUGUCUCCUGUACCUGAGCAAAUCCUUGCUUCCAUGGAUCAAGGCGUGUUCCGUGGAUUUUCCUAUACAAAUCCAAACGCAACAGACUGAAAAGAAGAAAAGAGAAGAAAAAAUUAUCAAAGACACGAUUACGAUAAAGCUUGACAGAGUAUUCAACGUGAUAUUUUUGUCUCGCGACGUUGACAAUCGUUGAAAAUCGCGUGAAAAUUGAUUCGAACGAAAUUAUAGAUGGUUAUUUUGCAUCUAUUUUUUUUUUUUUAUGAAACGAAACAAACAAACAAACAAG